GCCGGGCACCGUCGUCGUCGUGAAACACGGCCGCGAUCGCGCGGCGUUCAGCUGACUACCACCACCGCACCAUACGUCCGCGCUCGACGUUCGCCUUGCGGACAAUAGUCCGCGCUAGUGCCCUCGUGUCCGCGCGACCGACGUCGCGGUCGAUAAGACCCGCACCUGGCGAGAGAGGAUACAACCAGGUGGAGGAUACCCGGAAGAAGAGGAGGAAGCGAAAGAGGUGGUGGUGGUGGUACAGUGAAUUAGCUCUCAGCCACGCGCUUCACGUGUUCCUCUUCCGAGACUUGAAAUCGCACCGUCGAAAAUUGUCUCUUUCUCAAGAAGGAUUUCGUGUAUUUCCUGUAUUACGUGACCUCGUGGCGAGGAUCACAGCGCAACCACAUCCUCCAGGGACAUCGCGCUACCGGGGCAAGGUUACUGCGCGCUCGCCACGUCCUCAGGUGAGAAGCGCAGGUGAGAGGAAUCACCGGGCAGGCGCGUCGAGAGGUGCAACUGCACACCUGGAUUCGCUACAUCCCCGGCUCCGACAUAAGAUGCGAUCGGCGGGCACUCGCUCUCUACGUCAAUCACGACAGUCCGGAGCAAUCCGCGUCAAGCGUCGGGAUUAAGACGUCGGGUGUAUUGGAGAAAGAGACACUCGUCGUCAUAUUCGCGACGAAUCAAGCACGGAGCAUCCCCGAUGACAUCGCCGAGAACGACUGAUCGUUCACGCGAUUAGUCAAGAGCGAGUGCGGGAAGGGAGCCCAAACGUGCAGCAAAAUCGGGCGAUGAGAAUCUCCCCCCGAACGGUCGAGGAGUCCCGGAAUCGUCGCCUCACGCAGCCCCGGGCGCCGAGGAGGCCGCGACGUCGUUGAAGACCAUCAUAGUCGCCGAAGGAACGUCGCGUUCACGAGACAGAGGCACUCGAGGUACUCGAGGAUGUCGCUGCACUAUCCUCAGGGAUACCGGUACCGAUCCGCAUCAAAGGCGAUCAGCGGGACCGGGGUCGGCGAGCAGGGCUCCGAUAGCGACGUGGCGGAGCUCAGCGACCUCGAAGACGACGAGGACGAGGAUGGGACUCGCGAAUCUGCCGAUAAGCGAAUGGUCGAGGGAGAAGACGAAGACGAGGAUGACGAGAACGGUGAGAAUGACGUGGACGAUGAGGAUGAUGACGACGAUGACGAUGACGACGAGGAUGACGACGAUGAGGAUGAGGAGGAGGAGGGCGAGGGUCUACCCUAUCCAGGCUUCAUUCCGAUCGCUCUCAGAUAUCUCGACCAGACCACACGACCGCGCAACUGGUGUCUCGCGCUGAUUACUAAUCCGUGGUUCGAAAGGGUGAGCAUGAUGGUGAUCCUUCUGAACUGCAUCACGCUCGGGAUGUACCAGCCAUGCGUGGACGACCAGUGCGUAACGAAUCGAUGUAAAAUACUGCAGAUGUUCGAUGAUAUCAUUUUUGCCUUCUUCUCCUUGGAGAUGACCAUAAAGAUGGUAGCGAUGGGGAUUUACGGUAAAGGAACUUAUCUCGCGGAUUCCUGGAAUAGAUUAGAUUUCUUUAUAGUGGGGGCUGGCGCUUUGGAAUACUGCCUAAAUGUGGAAAAUAUGAAUCUGUCAGCCAUACGAACGAUAAGAGUAUUAAGACCGUUACGAGCGAUCAAUCGAAUACCAAGUAUGCGGAUACUGGUGAUGCUGCUGCUCGACACCCUUCCCAUGCUGGGCAACGUAUUGUUAUUGUGCUUCUUCGUCUUCUUCAUAUUCGGCAUCGUGGGCGUGCAGCUGUGGGAAGGCAUACUACGCCAACGCUGCUUCCUCAAGGCUCUGCCCAACGUCAAGUAUCCCGACGAUCUGGAGAAGUAUUUCGAAUCUCAGGGUCAGGAUUACAUUUGUUCGCGUCCCGACGACAGCGGGAUGCACUCCUGCAGUAAUCUGCCGCCUCUCAAAUUCGGCAACUUGGUGUGCAACAAUACCGCUGUGCCAAACAGUAACGUCACGUACAUCAACAAUGAUACCUGCGUUAAUUGGAACUACUACUACACCGAAUGCAAAGGCCAGGGCAACAAUCCAUUCCAAGGAACAAUUUCAUUCGAUAACAUCGGUCUCGCCUGGGUUGCGAUAUUUCUUGUUAUUAGUCUGGAAGGAUGGACGGACAUAAUGUAUUACGUGCAAGACGCCCACUCCUUCUGGGACUGGAUAUAUUUCGUUCUCCUGAUAGUAAUCGGUUCGUUCUUCAUGAUCAACCUCUGCUUGGUCGUAAUCGCGACGCAAUUUUCGGAAACGAAGAAGCGGGAAAUGGAGAGAAUGCGACUGGAGCGCGCGCGUUACCAUUCGACCUCGACGCUCGCCUCAUCCACGAAUACCUCGGAGCCUACUACUUGUUACGCCGAAAUCGUCAAAUACAUCGCCCAUCUCUGGCGACGAGGUAAACGAAGACUGAUGAAGAGAUAUCGCCUGUGGCUAUACAGGAGGCAGCAGAAACGGGAACAGAAUUUACUCAAAGAGCAGCAGAGUCAAACGUCUCGUUCGAACACCGCUGCUGUCGGGCCAAAUCGCGUACCGGGCGAUAGAAGACUACAUCACGGGAGGUGUCCGCGGCUUCUCGCCGCGCUAGAAUAUGCAGAGCAACAGCAACACCAGCAGCAACAGGCUACCAGUGGAAACGGUGGAUCUAUCGCCGAUUUCGCCACGAUCGCAUCCCCGACGCAAUCGGCGGUGGCAAUUGCCGCCCCCACAGCCCCGACUAUCGGCAAUAGCGUCGGUGGUAGUGGAAACCUGGGCACCGCGCCUCGAGCUAGCCCCGAGCUUUCCGAGGCCGAGGCUUCCGCGAAUGUAUGUCACAGAUUAAGCAUUCACCGCACCUCGUCCGUGUCCUGUAAUGGAAGCGACAACGCUGUCGUGGGAAACGUUGCUGAGACGAACAGCACGUUGUUGAGUCCACCAUGUACGCAUUAUCGGAGAAGAAGCAGCGUAAUGUUUAGCGACGUGGUACUGCUCCAUGGCAGCAAUAAUGUCGGGAAUGCGUUGCAGCCGGGGUUGACGGUGACACCGGGCGAACGUAACGUCUGCUUGAGCGAGAAGAUGACACAGACGGGCGAUGGUAACGUUUGGUCCAGUCCAUUGCCGGACCACGCGCAGAUGCAAGCCGAACUGGGUGGCAACGAAGCUAUGACGUGUCAGGAAUUGUUGGCUCUCAGUGGUGCUCUCAGUGCUGCUCUGCCAACUGGCCAACUAGCGCUCGAUUCGUUUCUAAAUUCUCUCACGAAAGGCAAGUCAAUUCGAAAAAAAGAAGAAAACGAGUUAAUGUGUUCCAUAGGUAUAACAGAUCGUCACAUCACAUUGGAAGAUCGCACGCAGUGGUUAACGUCCGACGUUGACAAUUGUUCCUGUUGCUGCGAGCUACAGGGAGGUGAUCAGUGGCCGGAAGACGGCGAGAAGUGGCAAAAAAAGUCCUCGCGGCCUAGACAGCUUCUGAGACGCGCCAUUAGCUGCUGUAUCUACACAUUGCGCUGUAUAAGAAGGUGGAUCAAGAAGCUGGUCGAGCACAAAUACUUCCAACAGGGUAUUCUAUUGGCGAUCCUCAUCAAUACUUUGAGUAUGGGAAUCGAAUAUCACAAUCAGCCAGAACAGUUAACAGUGGCCGUUGAGAUAAGCAACAUUGUAUUCUCGGCAAUCUUCGCGGUGGAAAUGUUGCUUAAGAUAAUAGCGGAAGGUCCAUUCGGUUAUAUCAGUAAUGGCUUCAACGUUUUCGACGGCAUCGUCGUCGUCCUGAGCGUCGUCGAGCUCUGCCAAUCAGUCGUAGAGGAGCGUGGCGGCAGUUCCGGUCUGAGUGUCCUGCGCACCUUCCGCCUCCUCAGGAUCCUGAAGCUAGUGCGAUUUCUGCCCAAUCUACGACGUCAGCUUUUCGUGAUGCUGCGCACCAUGGAUAACGUUGCCGUAUUCUUUUCUCUUUUAGUACUUUUCAUCUUUAUAUUCAGCAUCCUAGGGAUGUACCUGUUCGGGGGUAAGUUUUGCAUGUGGGCGGACCGGAGUCGGCCCUGCACCUGUGCCGAGGUGGUCUCGCGGCACCCAUUGUGUCGCUGUGAUCGCAAACAUUUCAACGACAUCGUCUGGGCACUAGUCACUGUUUUUCAGAUUCUCACACAGGAAGAUUGGAAUGUCGUCCUCUUCAACGGUAUGCAGAAGACGUCUCAUUGGGCUGCGCUUUAUUUCGUAGCAUUGAUGACUUUCGGCAACUACGUCCUUUUUAAUCUUCUAGUCGCCAUUCUUGUUGAAGGUUUCUCGUCAGAGAGAAACGAGAGGAGGGAACGAGAGCAAAGAGAAUUGGCGAAAAGACUCGCCGCAAAAGAGGCUGGUAUGGGCAGCGAGGACGGAUCGUCGAGAAUAUCGGGAUCGCAUUCGAUCUCUGACAGCGAUACGUAUACUCAGGAUCAAAAGAAUUCGUGGCAAAGUGCAGAAGAGCUUAGGAAGUACAAAGACAACAGGGAGAAGCAGAACAGCGUGUGGAAGCAGCGGAUCGAUGAACCUAAGUGUAACAUCCAGAAAGAGAGCAAGAUGAUGGGUGUGGCGGGUCAGCCGCAAACAGCCACUCCUCAAGACUCCCCGAACACCACGUUAGAUGUCGGCUACAGAGACCUCAAUUGUCGAGCAGUUUAUCCGACUGCUGCCCUUUCAAUCGAGUCCAUCGAUCGAUCUGGUAGUCAGUGCAGUAUACCCUCGGGAUUGCUAAAACUACCCGAUGUAUCCAACAAAAUACCGACGAAUAACUUAAUAGCUGGUCAAUUCCCGAGACGCAUAAGCCUCGUUACGGCCGUUGUUAAUCCCUCGACGAGGGACUCGAGUUCUAGUCCGCCGAGGGUACAAAGAGGAUACUCGUGGCGCUUGUCGCGGCCAUCUUUGGGGAGGAAACGAUGGUCGCAAAGCGAUGACGAGCACACUGGCCAUACUACUGUAUUAAACAAUGGACGUAGUACUCUCGUUGGAUCCAAUCUAACAUUUAAUGGCGGUUAUUUACACGGUUCAAUAAGAAACGAUACUCAACGCGAUGCGCCCAAUAAUCGAACUACCGUCCUGACAAGCAAUAAUCGUAGUUUGAGUCCUAAUAAUUCGCUCGAAAGCCAUGCUCCAUGGUCGAUUCGUUACACAGUUACGCCUAACCAGAUGCGAUUAAUUGGCGAGCUUUCACGGAGAAAUUCACUACGCGGAUACGAGAAUGUCCAGACGUCCACGAGGAAGACACUACCAUUGGACGAGAUGCUCGCACCGUCCUCGACCCCACGCACGAUCAAUAAUCUCUCAAUGGAGACCGGUCCGCUGCCAAGAAUCAAACGACUCCAUGAACAAGAAGAGGAACAUCCGAGAACGGGUGGCGAACAAACCCCACCGUCGAAUGGUCACGGUAGUGCAAGCAGUAUCGAAAGGAUAAAAAAAAUAUUCAUGUUUUUCGAACCUAAGGGCUGUCUGCAGGAGCGCGAGAAUUAUUCCCUAUAUUUAUUCCCACCAAAUAACAGAUUUCGCAUCUUAUGUCAAUGGUUCGUGGAUCAAAAAUGGUUCGAUAACGUGGUAUUGCUAUUUAUUGGAUUAAAUUGCAUUACUCUGGCGAUGGAACGACCGAAUAUACCGCCGGACAGUCGUGAGAGAAUUUUUCUAUCCACCGCGAAUUACAUUUUUACUGCUGUUUUCGCCAUCGAGAUGUUCAUUAAGGUCGUCGCAACAAGUAUGUUGUAUGGUCCAGACGCUUAUUUUACAUCAGGUUGGAAUAUUAUGGACGGAUCUCUCGUUAUCAUUUCUAUAAUUGAUUUAUCGAUGUCGUUGCUCUCGUCUAGUAGCCCCAGAAUAUUUGGCAUUUUAAGGGUAUUUAGACUACUGAGAUCACUGAGACCUCUGCGUGUCAUCAAUCGUGCACCUGGCUUAAAGCUAGUCGUCCAGACAUUGCUGUCUUCAUUACGACCCAUCGGCAACAUUGUUCUCAUUUGCUGCACGUUUUUCGUGAUUUUUGGUAUUCUCGGGGUGCAGCUGUUUAAGGGUGCAUUCUAUUAUUGCGAUGGCCCCGAUAUCAAGAAUGUACGCAAUAAAACGGACUGUCUGGCCGAUAAACGAAACAUGUGGCUCAACAGAAAGUACAAUUUCGACGAUCUUGGUAAAGCUCUUAUGUCAUUGUUUGUUUUAUCGUCGCGAGAUGGAUGGGUAAACAUCAUGUAUACUGGUCUAGACGCUGUUGGAGUCGAUCAGCAGCCUAUCGAAAAUUACUCUGAGUGGCGAUUAUUGUAUUUCAUCGCGUUCAUAUUGCUGGUGGGUUUCUUCGUGCUGAAUAUGUUCGUCGGAGUGGUGGUCGAGAAUUUUCAUAGAUGCCGUGAAGAACAGGAGAAAGAAGAACGCGUGCGAAGGGCGGCUAAGCGCGCGUUGCAAAUGGAGAAAAAGAGACGAAAAAUGCACGAGCCGCCGUACUACACCCAUUAUUCUAAAGCACGGCUGUUCGUCCACAACGUCGUAACAUCCAAAUACUUCGACCUGGCGAUCGCCGCCGUUAUCGGUCUUAAUGUCGUUACAAUGGCGAUGGAAUUUUACAUGAUGCCGAAAGCACUCACUUACGCACUGAAGAUCUUUAAUUAUUUCUUCACCGCAGUUUUCAUUCUCGAAUCCUUAAUGAAACUUGUCGCCCUCGGCAUACAGCUUUAUCUGAAAGACAAGUGGAACCAAUUGGACGUGGGAAUAGUAAUACUAUCAGUGGUCGGCAUCGUGUUAGAGGAGGUUGAAUCUAAGAUUAUUCCCAUUAAUCCCACAAUAAUUCGCGUAAUGCGAGUGUUGCGAAUAGCCCGGGUGUUGAAGCUCUUGAAAAUGGCGAAGGGCAUACGUGCCCUCUUGGACACGGUGAUGCAGGCGUUACCGCAAGUCGGAAAUCUGGGGCUGUUAUUUUUUUUACUUUUCUUUAUAUUUGCCGCGCUAGGGGUGGAACUUUUCGGUCGACUAGAAUGCAAUGAUGAUAUGCCUUGCCAAGGUCUUGGCGAGCACGCGCACUUUAGUAACUUUGGCAUGGCCUUUUUGACGCUUUUCCGGGUCGCCACUGGUGACAAUUGGAAUGGAAUCAUGAAGGACACGCUAAGGGACGAUUGCGAUGAUGCGGCGGACUGUGUUAAAAAUUGUUGUGUGAGCAGUAUCAUCGCACCAAUAUUUUUUGUGAUUUUUGUUUUGAUGGCACAAUUUGUACUGGUGAACGUCGUCGUUGCUGUGUUGAUGAAACAUUUGGAAGAAAGUCACAAACAGAUGGAAGACGAACUGGAUAUGGAAACACAAUUGGAGAGAGAAUUAGCAGCGGAACAAGAAGAACUUCUUGACGAGGAAGAUGAGGAUGACAUAGCGAUGAAUGGCAGAAUAAAUGGCGACGAAGAUGACGAUGAAGAUUACAAAGAACGCGAGUCAAUGGUGGUAAACGAAAAAAUACAUAUAAGACCAGGAUUGGCUAAAGUUCGGUCUUUACCUGCGAAUUUUAUUUACAAUCCACCGAGGGAGAGAAACGUCGAUGAUGCCUCGAUUUCCGUAUCCUUGGACGAAAAACGUCGCGGUUCGAGUUCGAGACCGUCCAAGUUUAAGUCAAAACGUCGGCAAACCUUCCACUCGAGCCAUCAUCAACGAAAGUCACUGCUGCCAAUGCACUUUGAGGUCGCCGAAGUUUUUGAGAAACCUGUGAGUAAUCUGAGCGUACCUCGAAUUAUUCCACAUCGUAGCUACGCCAUAACUAGUCAAGACGUCAGUCGAGUACAACGUCAGAAGUUGCCGGUAACCACCAGUGAAACGCGUGAAAAUAAAUCUCUGUUAACCGUGAGCAAACCGCCAACCAGUCCCUUAUUGGUCACUUCCCCCGGCUCGAGCAGCACCCUAAGCGUCCCGCCGAAAUUGACCAGCGAUCGUUACCUCAUGCCAACCGCUGAGAUCUACCCGUCCAAGGCGACAAUGAGCCGCUGGACAUCGAGCGACACGCAAUCACCGACGCCGUCGGAUACGACGAGUGCGAGCGCCGGUACUAGCAGUACGCGAACUCCCAGCAUCGCAAAUGGCUAUGUCGGUGGCAAAGCCCGACUAGAGGAACCAAAGAAGAAGAUGAUAGAAGAGAGAAGACGCCCAACGACAGCGAUGGUGCCGACACCACCCCAAGAAGACCUUGAUGUGCAGUCUGUUAUCAACGAGAGGAGGCCGUCCAAGUUGAAAACGCAUGAUGCUGGCGCGUCCACCACCACCAGCAUCGCCAGCGAUCAGUACAGCGCGAUGAUCCGCGGCGAGGGUUACAGCCAUAUCUAUGUCACCACCGAGGAAAGAUCCGACGAAAUCCCUUCGCCGUGCGGCAAUGCGAGUGAGAGUACCGGUACCGGUAGCCUGAGCGUCGCCGGCAGUCUCAGUGCCGUCGCCAGCAUCAGCGUCGCAGUGAGUGCUGGCGCGGCUGGUAGCAUCAGCAACGGUAGUGGCAAUGGUAGCGGUAGCCGAAGUGGUAACGGUAGUGGCAACGACGGUGGAGUGCACAUCGGCGAAGGCGGCGCCAUCGGAUCUGACGUGAGAAUAUACGUGGACGACACAGACUCGGCGAGCAGCAGCAACGGGCAACGACGCGGCGGCAGAUUGCGCGACGAUGAAAUCCAGGACGUCUCGACCACCAUCUCCUCUACUACGACGAUGAGAAAUGGUAGAGGCAGUGGCGACACGGACGAAAGCAAGGAGACACCCGAGAGACCGUCCUCCACCGGUGGAUCGUUGGAUCCGCCUUCUUAAUCCAGGGCGAACGAGCCAAUGUAGUCUCUAGUUGUACGUACGAGAUGUUUCCAAGGGAUGAAACAUAGUACACACAUGUUAUACACGUAGUAUACACUGUACGGCGGAAACACAUUAUGAUGGAAGAUCGUAGGAGGGAUUUAAGAAAGGGCUCUAAGAAAGACUGUAGUGCAUGACAAUAUAGUCGUUAUAUUAUAGUCGUGAACUUGCCAAAACGAACAAGUCGAGCAUUUAGAGAGAGGUUGAACUUUCCGGAAGAAAGAGUGAGAGAGAGAGAGAGAGAGUACGAAAAAAAUAUUCUGCGCUUCGUGUAAACGAGAUACGAUCGCGCGAACGGCAUGAUAUAAUUAGGGAAAUCUACUGUGUAGCGCAAAACAGUUACACAAAACGCGCGUAUCAUGUAACUUGAAAACCUAUGACAAUCUCUUAUUGCCAACGGAACUAAUUUCGUUGUUCCGUUUCCGAAACGUCAAUGGAAGUCGAUUCGUAGGAAUUGGUAGGAAGAAGAACGACGUAGACCGCGUCGAUAAAAAUUAGAAAGAGAGA